UAUAUUUAUACUCAUCUUUAAUGAUAUUAAUUCAUCUCUCUUUUUACACAACUGGCGGAGCAGCACGCACGUUUUGCUUCUAUGCAAUAUUUCAGCCCUUAUUUCCAAAAGCGGAGACAUGGGAAGUUGGAUACUGCUGUUGGGUUUCAUGGCUAUAGCGACAAGUGACCCAAUCAAUUUCGAACCAUUUUUCGCCGAAGAAACCAGCUUUUUUUCGCCACCAGAAGAAGGUCAUUUCGGAACUUUUGCUGGCAUUCCCUUCUCUCCUCCCAUUCGAUCUCAUUACACUCCUAACUUUCGAGCUCCUAACCCUGCAGAGUCGUCUGAUCUUCCCCUAUACACAGACGGAGUGGCUACACCACCUCAAGUGACACUCUCACGAUUAGAGAAAGACUACAAAGCUCAGCUCUACAAGCUUGCUAGUCUACAAUCGCAUCUUCCUCGUCCCAAUUUUGGAUCUCAUCAGGGGACCGGUGGUCAUAACUUCAGAGGUCCUGUCUUUCAUUCAGAGCCUUUCGUAGCAGCUUCGAAUGUUGAAGAACGCAGACCCUCUGACAAUAUACCUUCUGACAACAGACCUUCUGACAACAGACCUUCUGACAACAGACCUUCUGACAACAGACCUUUCGACAGCAGACCUACCAGUAACAGUUCCCUGACCACGGAUCGUCCGCGGACAAGUGAAACCCAUAGGACCCAAAAUGUGGAACUGCACACUGGAUUCGUGCCCAUCAUCAAGGGGGCACGGCAAGAGAAGAGGUUAAGUCAAAAUAUUGCAAGCACUGUCAUAAAGGAUAUAGAACCUCCCAUAUUAACAGCUUCUUCCAUCUCUUCAAGGCCCACCUCAUUCAAAGUAUCAGCAAGCGUAUUGUCUUCAUCCAAAGCAUUACCGGACUCCCGUCAACGAAACAACAUACCUGCAGAAAGGCCCGUCAAGAUCACACAAAACAGUUUUUCGCGUUUCUUGAAUCGUAACAACGAUACGAAAUUUACUACUACUAUCAGCGAAAGUGUGGUAUCCCGAGUGGUGGCCCAACCUUCAUCUCUUCGCGAUGUGCAACAAAAAGAACUCCUCAGAUUAUCUUCGUCUACAUCUGAAGACACAAGACUUGCUGCUAAAAAGAUUCUUGAGAUCAACUGUGAUGGAAGCAGAGAUUUAGGAUGGUGUGAGCUGGGAGAGAAAUAUCCCAGGAAAUAUGUGGAUCAAGUCGUCAGUUCCUGUCAAGAUGUAAUACAGAGGAUGCAUGUGGAAGUACCUCACAGUUUUGAGAAAUUGUCCGAUACUUCAGACUUCAAAGCAGAAUUAGAUAACAGCACUCAAAGAUCAGCGAGAGAAAGAGGAAGUCAUGAUGCGUGGUCUUGGGCUGCCUAUUUACAUCAAGGAUCACUGUGCGAAGCAGAAACAGGAUUCUUGAGACCAGAAACAGCUAAAGAUACAACAGGGAAGUGGAAUAUUAUAGUGCAAACAGAAGCUUUGAAACAGAGAGUUCCCAUUGAAAUGUGCAGGAAAGUCAACACAUCCUGCAAGAAGAUGCUCAACUGUGGACUUAAAAGUCAAUGCCUUCAGAAAUACAAUUACCACCUUUUACUCAGUCUGAACCCUACACAAAAACACGACUGCCCAUUUAUGAAAUUAUACAGAUUUCCCUCUGCUUGUGUAUGCCAUGUAGAAUGAAGCAUGUCAGACUCGAUGACAAUAUGCCAUUGAAACUGAAGCACUCAAAUUUUCUGCAGAAUUGCAAGUAUUAUACUGCAUUUCAUAAUGACAGCAAUAAGUGGGGUCAACAUCACAUAAAAGAAAAGAACUUCUUAACUUUCUCGAAAUGACUAUUGAAAUAAGGAAUUAUUCUGAAAAAUCAUAAAAUUAGGGUCAGAACAUUUCUAUUUUGGUUCAAUAACAGUAUUCUUAACAAAGCUCAAAAACUUCCACUACAAAUACCAUUCAUAUAUAUAUACUUUUUACGAAAUGGGAACUAUUGCUUCAUAGUAUGCCUAGUUUCCAAAUCAAUGAAUAAAUGCAUAGAAGCAAAAUAAAAUGCAAUCAUUAAAAACUCAAUCAGUGAUAUAAAAAACAUAACAUUUUUCCUUAUCAGAGGCAUUCUUGAAGAGCAAAUUAAUCAAUAAAUAAGAUUAAAUUAAAUAAAAAAACAACAAAUUAAAAAAUUAAGGGAAUCACUCAAAAUCCCGUGGGUAAUUUAUAACAAAACACAAAAUUUCAAUCAUUUACCUCAUAGCUUUAUAUAUUUUGAUAUUCUUAGAAACCAUCUGCACAAUAAACACCGCAAUCAUUAUCUUCAAAUGUUUAUUGUAGUCUAAAAAUCAUAUCAUAUUUAAGAAUGAUGACAUAACAGCCAGUUUUCCUCGGUAUGCAACAUUGGAAACAAGAACCAGAAAAUGGCUCAUAGCAGAUAGCUUAACCAAUUAGAAGCAAGAAAUAGGAAUACCAGAUAUCCUCUUCCAUCAAUGCGAACAACAAGGAACUUUUACUCGGAAUCCAGUUUCAACUACUAAUUUAAGAUGACAGCUUAGCUGUGUGCGCAGAACUCCUGGAAAGUACCAUUAAAAAUAAAGUGCUGAGCGAAUUUGUCUUCCAGUUUAAUAGCAGCUCUAUACUUUAAAUAAAUUCACUUUUAAAACUGACGAACAUUUAAAAAUAUCCGGAUGGAAAAGCAAUUCCAUGUAUAUUUUACUUAUGUAAUUAUCAUAGUAUCAACAGACGACCCUAAAAAAUUAGAAAUUUUAUGCUUUCAUGAAUAUUAUUCUCAAAGCAGAAUAAACGUCCGUGCGAUUAAAAAGUAAAAUAUUAUAAAAAUAACAUAUACAGUAGUAAUCUGACAUUAUUCUUUAGUGUAAUUUUACUAUUAGUGUUUUUUCUAAAAACAAUCUUAAAAAGAAUGAAAGGCUGAAGUUGUCAAAGCGGGAAGUUUACAUAAGAAAUCCUAAUUGAUUUCAACAAAUAAAAAUGCAAAUUCCAUUAGAAAUUCAUUCUUAUUAUAUAGGUUAUAUAUGAGGUACUUACUAUAUAUUCUUACUAUAUAAUUUCAAUCAUUUACCUCAUAGCUUUAUAUAUUUAGCAUAAUAUAUUUGUUAAACAAUUUAUUUUAUAAUUUAAAUAAACUCUGUUUUCUAGGAAAACAUAUAAAAAAUUUUUAAGUUUGCACACUUUCUGAUGUUUGAGGGACAUUAAAAGAAAAAUUAUACUCAAGGAAAUGUGUUACUUUUAUAGUGGCUUUAAUGUAAAAGAAAUCAAACUGAAAAGCUAUUUUAAAACAAAACAGAGCUCACUUGGUAUCUCUUAGCAUGUUUUUGCAACCAAAUAGUUUUUUUUUUUUUUUUGUUUUUUCUUUUUUUUUUGUUUUUUGUUUUUUGUUUUUGUUUAGUUGUUACUGAUAUUGAAAUGCAAAUGCACAACCAUUUUUUAAAAGAUACAAUUCUUAUUCUACUUUUGUCAUAUAUGUACAAUUUUUUCCAUGAGAAAAUAUUUUGAAAUUCUAUAAAUAAGAAAUGUUAUCAUAUGAACUAGGCUAAUCAUCAUGCUAAUAAUGUUUCAAAUGAAAAAAUUUCUUUACACAAUAAUAAAAUCUGUUCUAAUGGAACAUUUGCAUUUUACUAAGAUGAACACUGCAAUGAAUUGAAUGAAUUGAACCAAAAUGCAAAUGUUCAAUUAAAAUGAUGUAUUUAAAAUAAUGAUUUGCGAAUGCUCAUUUUUUGACAUCUAAUGUUAUUUCAAACAUGCAUGUUAUUCAUAUUUUUAUUGACUAUUAUUUUAUUCAUAUGCAUUCCACUUACAUAUAUGUAAGAUAGCGGCUGGUUCGCUUAUGUUAUGUGAAUUAAAUAUAUGAAAAAUAUA